AUGGAGAAGAAUGGUCCAAAAACGUACGCCAUCAGAAGGAUAAGAGAUGCUUUCAGAGAAAACAAGAAUAUAAAAGAUACUGAAAAAAUAGAAGAACUCGUGAAUAAAGCAAAAGCAAACCUAGAGAUUAUUCAUCGGCAGGCUACAUGACAUUCCUCGUUGUCAGAAGACUGACUCUUUGUUCUGCUAUGACAUCCCAGUAUUUAGCAUGCUAGUGAGAGACAGGCCUCUCUGAAUUCUUGUAGAUCAAGUUGUGGAAAGUCAGGUAAGUGGCAUUUUUCUUUAUUAUA